AUGGCUUGCUAUUAUAUGAUGGCGAGCAUGUCCACUGUGCUACAAGCACAACAUGAAGAUUGCAUAACUGCUCUUGAGGACUUGUUCGGUGGCAAAGCCGUUGAAAAACGUCAAGAACCCCUAAGUAAUCUCAUUAAUUGUACACAGAAGGCUGGGUCUUCAAUAAAUGAACAUAUGCUUAAGGUGAUGAGAUAUUUGGCUGACGCUCAAACCAAUGGGGCCGACAUCAAUGCUGAGUCUCAAUUGACCAUGAUCUUUGAGACUUUAUCGAAGGAGUAUAUUCCAUUUAGGGAAACAUUCAAUUUGAGCACUAAACAGAAUAUAACCCUGACAGAGUCGAUGCAAGAACUCCAAAAGUUUGUGCGGAUGAUCAAAAGGUCAACUAUAGUGAAGGCCAAUUUGGCUGAGGCAUCUUCCUCCAAACCCUCUCUAGGGAAUGGAAAGAAGAAGCAAGGGACCAAGAAGGAUAGUUUUUCAGUUCUGCCAAACAAGUGA